AUGACCGUUCAAAUCGUAGUAUCUUUAGUAAUUUUUAUCUACGUUACGUGUAUGGUAUCAUCUAAAAAAAUACAAACACAAAAUAAUCAAUCUAAUGUGGUUUGUGGCGGUGUGUUCACUGAGAUCAGUUUUUUUCUGCAAUCACCAAAUUACCCUCAAGAAUAUCCACCAAACCUUAAUUGUAUUUAUUUAAUUGAAGGACAAGAUUGCCCCACCUACUACGAAUUUGAUUUUAUUGAUUUUCGGUUGGAAAAUUCCGUAGGAUGUGUCAAAGACAGAUUAUUAAUCGAAAAUCAAGACGCAUUGUGUGGUAAAAAGAGUAAUAAGGGUUAUUUCAAGAGUAAUGGGUCGUUGAACGUGGAAUUCCUUACUAACAAUAAUACAAGCGACAGGGGAUUUAAGAUUUUUGUAACGAGGAAACCCUGCGAGAGUAGUAAAAAAGAGGCAAACACGAACAAAACAACACACAUGACAGUGUCCAGAACAAUAAGGACUGCAAAACCAUUUCAACCUUUUUAUUCAGAAAUACCAAAAUUUGAAGAAAACAACAUACAAUACUGUUGGAAUAUCUUCGAUUUUAGAAGAUUUUUAAUAAAUUUUCCGUACAAUUUGAAAUGCAGAAGAGAAAAUAGACAGGAGGAUACGUGGAACAACUGUAUUGAGUUAAAUCAACACCGUGGAUAUUUUAGAAGUCCAGGUUAUCCAUUCUUUUAUCCCAAAAUACUAAACAUGUGCUUCAGAUUUAGAAAACAACCUGGAUAUUGUGCUAUAAGACUUUAUAUGAACGAUUUUCAAUUACAAAGUAGUUACGAAUGUCAAAAAGAUUAUGUCUUACUGGAGAAUCAACACAGAUAUUGCGGUAGAAGCCUCUUGAGACAAUAUAUAACUUUUGAUUUGACAUCUAAAAAUUAUGAAGAUUUGAGAUUUGUAACGGAUUUAUUUUUCUGCGGACGUGGAUUCUGUGGUAGUUAUGAACAACUUCCAUGCCAACAACCUACUGUGCCAAUAAAUCUAACAACCACGACCGUACCACCGUCGCCAACUCCUAAUGUAAUAGGAUGUGAUAGAUACAUCUCGGAUCAAUCGUUUACUUUGGAAAUGAAUCAAAAUAAAGCGAAUUGUAUAUUCGAGAUUAAAAAAUUCACGAAGAGUGCUUGCAAAGUGGAUUUCCAUUUUGAAAAGUUCGACCUAUUCUGUGGUUCAGAAUCUUUAUUGAUGAAUAAUAUAACAUUAUGUGGACAUUUGACUGACAGAAAAAUUUCUGUCAAUUUUGAUGAGUAUUAUGGAAUAGUAACCGUAGUAUAUAGAAGCAACCUUUUAAAUAAGUAUAGUGAUUUCAAAUUCAAGAUAACUGGACAGCAAGUAACUGAUGACUGCCUCAUUCCAGAGCCACCAGCACAGCUCACAUCAUUUAAAAGAUUCAACUGAAUUGGAUCACUUGGUC